AUGAGGGGUGCAGAUUAUCUGAUCACGCCGCACGAAUUUCAAACCCCUUCUUGGGCCAGAAUCCUCUUAGGGGGCGCUGAGCUUUUUUCAGACCCACUUGACAAUGCAUACAUACUGCACACGCUUUUCUUGAUGCCCUCUAAUGAUGGUGGUUUCCGUGGCGUAGGAGUUACCGAUCGCGAGUCCUUCUACAUAGCUUCCGGCUACGCACUUCUCAUAACUGCAAUUUUUGGAUCCCUCUGGCAAUUCGCUACCUACUUCGCUCUUGUGUUUUAUCCAACAGAAGAUAGGAGGACUAUAGGUCAAGUACUAUCGAGAAAUAAGGGCCCGAUAAUAGCCAGAAAGAACAAAGAUUUUGACGACUACUACCACACAAACUCUGCCUCCGGGGAAAAGCGCGACUCGUCGGCCCUGGACCAAGAUCAUGGAAUUGAGAGUAUCAACGCGGAAUUGCUCAAUGUCCGCCGACGAAAGGCCAACAGGUAUAUCGCUUUGGUAGCGAUCUGGAACUCGAGCGAUCCAUAUACUGCCAUGGUGUUACUCAUAAAACAUGCUACGGUUGUUUUCAAAUUCGAUAAGCGGGCAGGGUUGUUCGACGUUGCCAUGGUAGUAGUUGCAUUUUUACUGGUAGUUGGCGGAAUCUUUGCCGGUGUCGUCGUUCCAGCCAAUCUUGAACUUGGCAAUGUGGCCCCAGCGAAUCCCCAAAGUGUUUUUUUUGCAAUACCUGAUCUCAACAAUAUCGAGCAACAAUGGGUGGCUGAACGGGUCAGGGCGCCAUCAGCUCAAAGAGCCGUGGGAGUUGUUGAGUAUGCGAAAAACCAACUACGUGAGAGGGUGACAUUCUCUAUCUCUGAGGACCAAGUUACCUCAUAUCAAUUCAACGUAACCGGCGUGGACUUUGGGUUACAACUCAAAGAUGCUCGCAACUUCAUGCUGAAAACCGAAGGGGGCUGCAGUUUUGAUAAUGAGGCAUACAAAGGGACGGACACUGAGGUUUACCGCGACCUCUAUACUAUAUAUGGUACAAAUUAUACUUUAAAUACAUUUUCGGACGCAAACGUUGGCGGAAAAAUGAUUAUGCCUAGAUUGGCCGGUGAUUCCGAUAUAGCUGAAAUAUACAACAACCCAAACGGAGCAAGGCUAAGAUAUUAUAUUCUCCCAGACACUGUCGGCCGGUAUAGCCACACCAAAUCAUCCGAUCCAUGGUACCUUACGGAGCCGUCGCCGGAAAUUGAUGUCGAGAUACUUGGUCUUACAAAGGAAAAGAGGUCAAUCUUUUCGACCUGGAUCAGCUUGGCCUAG